AUGACGCUCAAGGAGGAGUUUCAGACCCGAAAUUUCAGUAUUUAUGGACAGUGGUUCGGCAUAUUGUCCAUGAUUAUCUGUUUCGCCACCGGAAUAUCUGCCAUCUUCACCUUCCGGCCUCUUAUUAUAGUCUUUGCUGCUAUUGCCAUUGCCUCGUCUUUUCUCAUCAUAUUCAUCGAAGUUCCCUUGCUUCUGCGCAUUUGUCCGACAUCCGGAAAGUUCGAUGACUUUGUGCGCAAAAUCUCCACCAACUACAUGAGAGCUGCGGCCUAUUGCACCAUGGCCGUUAUUCAGUUUCUCAGUCUUUUGCGCGGUCCUACUAGCUUGGUCGCAGCCGCCGUUUUUCUCUCCAUCACUGCCAUAUGCUAUGUGCUGGCCGCUCUCAAAGGUCAAGACUUUAUUGGUAGCAAGACUCUUGGUGGAGCUGGCGUUGCGCAAAUGAUUGUGUAA